CCCGUUUCGCUAUAGCCUUUUUAAUACUACAAAGGCUACAUGCAAAGAAAUCAGAACUUAGAAGCUUUGUAGUGUCGGCCAAUUUUACAAGUGGGCCUUGGUCAAAGAAGGCUGAAGGGAAACGGGUUCAACAAACAAUUCUUUCUCAAAGUUUUUGGACUCAAGUGGUAAAGGCGCUAAAAUCAUCCGAGCCCUUAGUCACUGUGUUGCGAUUGGUGGACGGGGAUGAGAAGCCCGCAAUGGGCUACAUAUAUGAUGCGAUGGAGAGGGCGAAAAAUAAGAUCAUGGACCAUUUUAACUAUAGAGACCGUGAUUACAGGCCAAUUUUAGAUAUUAUAGAUAGAAGAUGGGGCAGCCAAAUGUCAUCCCCAUUGUAUUCGGCUGCUUACAUCCUUAACCCAGCCUGUUUAUUCGCUUCUGCUGAUCCAGCAGAAGCACUAACUAUGCAUAUGGUUGGAUUUAUUGAUGUCUUGGAAAGAAUGAUUCCAGAUAGAGGAGAACAGGACAAGAUCUCAACUUUGCUGGACUUCUACACAAAAAGUGAAGGGAUAUUCUCAAGGGAUAUCGUAAUAAGACAUCGGACAAUGAAAUUACCUACUGACUGGUGGGCUGCCGAUGGAGUGGACCCGAACAGGAAGGAUCCAGCUCUAAAGAAGCUGGCUAUGAAGAUUCUUGGACUCACAUGUUCAGCUAGUGGUUGCGAGCGCAAUUGGAGCACGUUCGAGGCGAUAAGUUUAGACUGUUUAGUAAUUGUUUUUUUAUAAACUUUAAUUUUUUAG